AUGGGAGACAAGAUACAGAACAGUUACGAUGUCAACGGCAAACCCAUUACGAGAACUGAAACCUAUCAGGUCAAGGAAGUCACCCACACAGAUUCCACUCAAAUGUAUAUCUAUGAAUGGGCAGACGUCUCCCCGCCAGUUGACAGCACCAUCACAACCUUGUUACUCCAAGUACACUUUACAAAGUUCUAUAUACACAUGGACACUCAAUCUCGACAGAUUCUUGAAUCAGUCAAGGAAGAAAUGACCCAAAGAAACAAAACAAGAGACACUCACUUUACCAUUUAUGAUGGUAUAAAUAUCGCCAACUUUACAAACUCUAGACUCUUUUGUUUGGAUGAAAAUAGAAUCCCAUGGUAUGCCAAUACUUUUUGGUGGGCUAUUGUUAAUAUUACAUUUUUAUGGUUCCCAUGGGAAGUUGCUUAUGGAUCUAAUCUUGCAACUGGUCAAUUCGAUGUUUUGAAACGUGUACGUAUCACUGGUACAUAUGAUGAGAAUGGAACACUCCAAUUAGUCACCAUCUGA